AUGCAGUUUGGUGAAUUGCUGUCAAAAGCUUGGGGGCAAGCUGCGACAGCCCAAAAUGCAAUUUCAGGAUUUAAGGCAUCAGGCGUCGUGCUGUUGGAUAAUAAGGCUAUCCCCGACUUUGCUUUCAUGACUGAAGACAAAACUCAAGAAGUUGGAGCCGAAAAUGUACCAACUCAAUCUCAAAAUGAAGAGGACCCAUUGUUAGGAACUUCAACUCAGUACACCAAUCUUCUUCAAAAAGACUUCAUGCCUGCACCUACUCAACCUAAAGGUUGCACUGAAGCCACACAAAAAAGAGACCCUUACACACCAACCAAGAUGAUAAACAAGAUAUCACCAAUAUCACAAGUUAAGAGGCCUAAAAACCGCAACAUCGUGAUGUCUUCACAGCAAUCCCAACCGAACAAUGAAGCUGAAAAAGAGGUUUUAGUGGAGCUUAUUGAGUCACUAAAAGAGAACCGAUGUUUGUGGAACACUAAGUGCGAUGCCUAUGCGAAUAGGGAUCUACGGAGGGCAGCACAUGGUUCGCUGUUGGAGAUAUACAAAAAAUUCCAACCGAAUGCAACAAUUGACCUGCUCAAGAAGAAGAUAGAAAAUCUCAAGUGCAGUUUCAGACGGGAAUUGAGGAAGGUAAGAGACAGUGAAACAACUGGAGCUGGCAGCAGCCAGAUAUAUACACCACGUCUCUGGUUCUAUGAACUCAUGUCAUUCUUGGAAGAGAAGGAGAUGAUCAGAGAAGGAUUGGAUACUCUGGAAGAAGACGAGUCACAAAUGGAUGCUGUGGAAACAGUUGGUGACCCAGGAAGUGGUGCAGCAGUGGUGCAAGAACAGAGCAACCAACGGCAGAACGCAGGUCCUUCUACUAUUGUAAAUCCGGCUGGGACUAGGGCUCCGAUUCCACGAAAAAGGAAAAUGAGUGCAUUGGACAAAAAAAAGGAAGCCAUGUUUGACUCUGUGCAAAAUUUACUGUCUGCAACCGAGGCCGAGUGGGAGGUGAUAGGUAAAUCGCUUGGCUUACAACUCAGCCAACUCAAUAACGAUCAGCAAACCAUUGCCCAAAAAUUGAUUUCAGAUAUAAUUUUUUAUGGAAAGCGUGAGAAGCUGACUGACAUGUCAUGUAUUAAUCUAGCCCCAAAUUCUUCGCCUCAUUUCUUUCAAACACCACACCCAUCUUUUCAAAGCAUGCACGAUAAUCACAGAUUCAAACGUUCAACACCUCCUUUCCCUUCUCAAAAAUCGCAUACCCUUGUUGCAAGCCCAUCUCCACCCUUCAUUCCACCCUCACCAUCUUCAAUAACUACAAAUGAGUCCAAUAGUAGUGCACAAGAUGACUACAACAUAACAGAGUUAAAUUCAAUCCAAAAUCCUCGUGGUUACUACAAUCCCGAUCACGAAUAUUAUUAA